AUGAAUGCCAAAAAGACAUUGGAAAAGGUAGGAAUCGCUCUGCGAAAGAUCGAGAAAUACAAUCAGGUACAAGCUUCAGGAACGCAGGAACAGGGACAAGCGGAGAACCUUCCAAGUGAUCCAGAGACGCUGAAACGGCUGAAGAUAACGAAACUGCGGUCAAGCAUCAAGGAAACAUCAAAGCAUCAACUUCUGUUAGAAAAGCAGCUCCAAGAAGAACUACAGAGUAAUCAAAUGCCUCAACAGCAGCCUUUAAAUCAGGAUCCUGUACUUUUCGACGAGGCGCAUCAAGAUCAAGGAAAACAAUCGACACCGCAAAACCAAUCAACGGGACCGCCUAGAGAUGAUCUACAAUUCCCACAAUCUCAUGCUCAGCAGCCUCAACAACAACAACAACAGCAGCAAGAACAACAAAACAGGGGUUUCUAUCAGGAGCAAAGCCUUCGCUUACUGCUGCACCAGAUGCAGAUACAGCAGCAACAGUUAGAACAACAGCUCAGACGACAGCAGAUGGAAAUGCAGUUACAGAAUCUACAAUCAAGAAUGACAGCACCUCCACAACGGGAAAAUGAUGCUCCGAAUUACACAUUUGGGGCAAUUUCCGGAUACUGGGGUCCGUAUAAUCAAAGAGACUCUGGAAUAGCUGAACAGCCAAGAAUUUCAGCAACGAAACGCCUUUCAGAAACGCCUGAUAGAUCCUAUACACCGAGAUUCAAUACUCAACAGACAAAUAGUUAUAGGUUUCUGCAGCCUGUUCAUAAAUGGCCAUUCGAGUAUUCAGGGGAAGGUAACAUCGUAAAACUAAGUGAAAUCCUAAAUCAAGUAAACACCUACGCUGUCGCCGAAGGUAUGGACGACCAAACAUUGCUCCGUUCAAUUAAAGGCCUACUGAAAGGAAGAGCACUUCAAUGGUACACCCGGUCGUACCUCAACCUCACAACAUGGGACAUCUUCAAAGCGGAAAUAAAACAAGAGUUCUUACCCCCGAAUUACUCGGAGAUUGUGAAGCAGGAUCUGUACUUGAGAUUCCAAGGUCCGAAUGAACCAUUCACAGCAUUCUACAGAGAUCUGGUAGCGACAUUCGAGAUUGUAGAACCAACGAUAUCGGAGUCAGAAAAGCUAUUUAUCUUGAAAUCACAUCUCAACACGGACUUUUCUCCAAUUGCUUCGGCGUCUCGAUCAGCUAGUAUCCGUGAUAUUGUUGCAGCAUGCAAAGAUUUCGAAGUUUCUCGUUCUUACGCACUGAGGGGACGCGCUCCAACAAUUUCACGGGCCUUAGGACCCCGACAUGACACUCCAGUACUUCAUCGGUCGACGAAUAGCAGAUUUGACAACAACGGGCGGCCUCCCCUCAGCCGUCAACCAUAUGGUUCAGCAGUAGUCAGCAUAAUGGAACAUAGUCAAGAUUUUGAAGAAGAAUUGGAUCCAGUGAACAUCCGAGAAAGAGAAGCACUUCAACAGGACAUUGCUUACCGGAACGAAAAUGCAUCGAAUAUAACAGAAGAGGUGAAUGCGAACAACUGGAGUGGAAGAUCAGCUCUCGAUACGGCACCGAACCAAUUAAGUGGGAAUUCCGUACGGGAGGCUCCGAUCAUAACAGUAUGCUGGCAAUGCGAAAAUCCUGGACACACAUAUUUAAGAUGCCCCAAUCCGAAACGCUUCUUGUUCUGCUACAGCUGUGGGAAAAAAGGAUGCACAACCAAAGGAACCAGGAGCCCCAGAGAUUGUCCAAAAAAUAAUCGUACUUUCCGACCAAAUGUCUCCCCUCCGAAUGGCAUUCUUGUAAGCGAGUAUUUCAAUCGAAUUAAUCUCGACAACGAGCGUUCCACUCAAGUAAGCUACACCACCAGGAUCUUCCAUUUGAUUCCCGCUCGGUCGUCGGUAUGGAUGGAACGCUCGUUUGUUGCCGCACCACCAGUAGAUGAAAAUGUCGUUUCCAAAUUCUCUUUCUCGGAACUGCCACCGCUCGGCAGCCCCAACCGCAAGCAAACCCGGAGGGGAUGCAACAGUGCCCCCGGAUGCAAUAAAUAUGUAUGUAAUGCACCAUGCGGUUGCACAGAUUUAUCCGGUAGCUCCCCAACGAGAACGACGAUGACUCUGCUGCGAAUUCCUGUGCAACUGGAGGAAAUCUAUUGUAGUCAUCAUUUCGAGCAGCCGGCAUUUGUAACACUCUUCCAAACGCCUCGAGAAGCGGCACUGUCGGAGAGGGAUUCACUUCACACCACCACACCACACAAUGUGAAUAUUUGCAUAAACAUCGGUUUCAGUUGCACCGACUACGAGAAGCAAGUGUUUACAACUUUGCAUAUGGAGUCCCACCGUUGUUGGCUGCUUUUGCAAUUGAUUGUAGGAUAG